AUGAUAACCAAGUAUUUCACCAAGGUAGUGGUUAAAUUUGAUCCAUUCUCAUCUAGUGCGAAGCCGGCAAGGCUCUUUCUUUCAAGAAUACCAACUUCUAUGAAGGGAACAUGCAAUAUAGACUACAAAGUGUUAACUAAAGAAUCUCCCAUCAAUGAAAGGCCAACGAUAGAAGUAACGUUCAAAGAUAAACAUACGAUGAAGGCUGAUCCAGAAACAAUGGAAUUUAAGGAAGUAACAGAAUAUUUCAAUGGUCAUUCGAGAAGAUUAGCUUUAAAAGAAGCCAUAUCUGAAUAA